GUUACCUAUAUAUAAGCUAACGUCAUCAAUGUGAAGACUUGUACUCAGAGAUUGAGGUUGACCUGUGAUUAUAUAUCCUCCUUUUGUAAGGUAAAGUUUCAUUUUAUUUAUAUAGAAUUAUAUGCACAUAUUCAUAUUAGACUAUGUAAUUCAUUUAUAAUUUGAUUUAUUUAAAAAUCUUAAUUAUUUAUUGUCCGCCUAUUCUACCCCCUUCGUCGGGAAGUUAUAGAAGCGACGAAGGGCCUUUGCUCGAAACGUCGAAGUUUUACUCGUAUUUUCCAUGAGGUAUUAUUGUGUACUUUUUACAUACAUAGAGAAUAAUACAUGGGUGCGCGAAAAUACCAGAUCGGCAUGGUCAGAAAUCACGGACGCGAUUGCUCUACUUCCUUCACUAAUUUGAAUAUCGUCGACGCACUCCUGUAUAGCUUUUGCAGAAUUGCAGUAAACAGUAAAUUAUAUUACGCGAUGCUGUAAAUUGCAAAAUAGUCGGAGAAUAAGUUAGGACGUUUGCAAUUUGUCUCAAUUGCGGUUUGCAGAACAAAGUCUGUAGAAAUAUUUAGUGUAACAUUUGCAUGGUUUAAGUUAUUGCUUAUUCUGCGUUAGUCUGCGUAGCAGUCGCUUUAUUUUAUUGUAGGUUUUGAGGAUUUUUGAAUAAAUGGCCAACAGCGACUAGUACGCAGGCUAAUUCUGCGUUUAAGUUAUUGGCGCCCAACGUAGUGACAGCAGUGCGGUAUUCUUAUAUACAGUUAACUGAGACAAAUGUCGUAAAAACUAAUCUCUGCAUGUCAGUGUACACUAAUAUUCAGGCAUGAAAAUGUAACAUAGGCAGUAACUGAAAUCAGGCCAACUACAUUAAUUAAAUACUUUGACAGGCUUUGCUUUGCUGCCAGCGUUUGAGGCAAAUAGAGUUUGUAAAAAUAGAGUUUCUUAUAUAGAAACAACACAUCGACUGCAAAGACAUGAAGAUUCGCAUUUUCCACACGCUACUUCUUGCAUUAUUGGCCUCUGCAACAGUCUUUGGUUGUCCACGGAGAACAGGCGGUGGCCCUAGCAUUGUAAGUAUAUGGUUCGGGCGCAACUUUCGCAGGAAUAAGAUUUCUGCAAAGGCUUUUGUUCUGAAAAUUCAAUUUUCCGAAAAAAUUUCGAUCUAUUUAGUUUAAGGGACCGGUCAUUAUUUGUUGUGCAUGUGGGGAGUUGUUACCGAAGAGAAAAGGGUUGGGUAAACAAAAUUUUGAGUGAGUAAAAGGUUGGGUAAAUGAAAAAGAAAACAACUCAAGGCCGGGUUGGGUAUUAAAAAUUCAUUGUUAUUUCCAAAGGCAAGGUAUGGCUGACUCAAAUAUUAAAGACUUAUAAAUAGCAAUGUGAACAUGCAGUCAUAUGUCAAUAUACAAUAUGUAAAUUAAUGGUAGAAUCCGACCUCCUCCACAGGCCAUACAGCCCGUAAUGAGUAUGCCUGUUCGCAGGUUGAAAUUUGGGACGAAGGUUUGUGUAGCUGUAUUGCUGUAAGGCCACUAAGGCCUGCUGAAUAACGCGGUCGAUUACUUGGCUUACCGUGACAAAUUUGGCUAACGUUUAUUUACACCCAAUUCACAACUUUAGAUAACUCACAUGCCUAAUUAUCAUUGUUCUAGUAUAUACAGAAGCAUGAGUGAAUAACUCUUAUACAUAACUCUAAUGCUUACUAUAGUUACUUCUGUUCAAUUCUAUGCUUGUGUAAACUAGAACAUCAGUAACUUGGCAUGUGAGUCAUCUAAAUUCAUAGAAAUAAACGUUAGCCAAAUUUGUCCAUUAUCACAUUAUACUCCUAAACGCUGGUAAAAGAGUCAUUGAGUCUUAUCUUUUCAUUCCGAGGGGGGAGGGGAGACUGAAUGCCCUUGCAGUUGCCAGGGCCGUAGCUAGACCACUAAUUGGGGGGGGGGGAUGCAUAUUCAUAUAUUCGUGUUGUGCCCGACGAAUUUCUUUUGAAAGCGAUUGUUUAACGGUAUGUGAACAUGAACAUAUGAAUAUAUAAAUAUAUGAAUAUACCCCCCCCCCCCCUCAUUAUCGCGUCUAGCUACGGCCUACGGCCCUGGCAGUUGCCCAGUAAUCCCCAGAAAUAUACCGGACAUCAAUCUGAACCAAGGGGUUGUAUUCCCCUUCGACAGUUCUUAUGAUUCAACCAAUUAUAUGCCAUUUAUACCAAAUAUACCAUUGGGAACACUUCAACCCCAAUUAUAACUGUAGUGUAAUCAAGAAGAAGCUCAUAGAUUAUUUCAAAUAAUUAAACUUUAGGCUACAAUUAGAAACAAGAUUGCCAGUAAAGCUGAGAGUUAUGUUGGUUCGACUCGCUGGUGUUAUGCAUGUUCAUCAGGCCACGGUGCAAACACUAACAAAUGCAACUAUUUUGUUUAUGACGUUGGACGUGAAGCUGGAGCAAAAAUGCCAGUGCGUACAUUUUCCUUGUCAGGUGGACCUGUGGGCGCCGGUGUAGGCGGCUGGGGAACAGCGUCUUCGCUAAACUAUUGGACUCGUGUGUCAUCUCCACAACGCGGUGACAUCGUUUCUGCUCAUCAGAAUAAUGUUUAUCACGUGGGUAUUUACGUUGCCUAUCGAACAACAGUGUCAGCCAAUAACGUGGAUGUUGGAAGGAAGAACUGGCCGUACAGCGGAGGUUACUUGGGCAUUGUAUACUGGCGCUACACUGGCUAAACAUUUCCUAUCGCAAAUAUAUGUGUAACUGAAAUAACAUACCAAAUAGAUGGACCUUAAGAAUUUCGAAAAAUAGAAACUUUAAGAUGCACGUGUGUAUUAUUUUCAUAAUUGAGAUCAAUUGUUCAAAUAAUGAGUAAUGAAAAUUUAAAUACUGAUUUAAAAAUAAUACAAUUAUAAUCUUUUUUUAUAAACAGCAA